CAGCAGCGCCGGCGGCCGCCGCGCCCGUGGAGCCGGUCGCAGCGGCGCCAAGCGCGCAGAACGUGCAGCAGCGCUUGGGUCAGGUGAGGGAGAACCUCAUCCAACCCAUCCGCGAGGUCUUGGACAAUCCGCCGUCGGAAGACAUGGCCCCCAUUCUGGACAUGCUGCUGGCGGAAGCCAGCGCGGGCAUGGAGGGGCUCCAGCAACAGGUGGAGGUGUGCAUCAUGGAGGAGCGCUUCGAUCUGCUGGAGGAGAUCUCCACCUUGGCCUCGGACUUCCAAGAGCUGCAGCAGCACUCGGACCGCUGGCGGGCGGGGGAGGUCCUGGUCUCGCCGGUGACGCCCCAGCAGCAGGAGGAAGCGCAAGAAGCAUGGCUUCGAGAGGAGGAGCGGCUACGUCAAGAGGAAGCCCAAAUCCGCGAGGAGGAGGCGCAGCUGGCGGCGCAGGCGCGGGAGGCUUCGGCCCGCGAGGCCGAGGAGCGCCAGGCGCAGCGCCACGCGGAGCGCCAGGCGGAGCGCGAGGCGCAGCGCCUGGCCGAGGAGCAGCGCAUGGAGGCCGAGAGGCGUGAGGAGGAGCGCAUUGCCACCAUGCAGAUGCAGGAGGAAGAGGAGGCGCGCAUCCGGGAGCUUGAAGAGAUCCGGAGACAGGUGGCCCAGCAAAGCAGGGGUGCCGUAGAGCCGCCGCAGGCUAAAGUUGAGGAGCUGGAUCUGGAAGUUGUGGACAUGGAUGACUGCGAGGUGUCUGAACCUGCAGCUGGCAGGACCGCCGGCCCCACCGUGGAGGUCCGCCUUGAGAGCGGCGAGAGCUCCAGCAGCGAGGAGUUCUUCACGGAGGAAGGGGCUGCAGGGCUUCGAGAAAGACCGGAAGAGGAGGACACGCAAAAGCCUGCGCGCCCAACAGAGAAUGGAGCUGCAGGUAGCAAGCUGGCAAGAAGCAGACAGGAGGAAGAGCAACAUGCCAGAAGGCGGCAGGCAGAGGAGGAGGAACAGGCCAGAAGUCGUCAAGAGGAAGAGCAAGAAGCCAGAAGGCGGCAGGCAGAGGAGGAGGAACAGGCUAGAAAGCGACAAGAGGAAGAGCAAGAAGCCAGAAGGCGGCAGGCAGAGGAGGAGGAACAGGCUAGAAAGCGACAAGAGGAAGAGCAAGAAGCCAGAAGGCGGCAGGCAGAGGAGGAGGAACAGGCCAGAAGACGUCAAGAGGAAGAGCAAGAAGCCAGAAGGCGGCAGGCAGAGGAGGAGGAACAGGCUAGAAAGCGACAAGAGGAAGAGCAAGAAGCCAGAAGGCGGCAGGCAGAGGAGGAGGAACAGGCCAGAAGACAAGGCGGCAGGCAGAGGAGGAGGAACAGAAGGCGGCAGGCAGAGGAGGAGGAACAGGCCAGAAGACGACAAGAGGAAGAGCAAGAAGCCAGAAGGCGGCAGGCAGAGGAGGAGGAUCAGGCCAGAAAGCGUGAGGAGGAAGAGCAAGAAGUGAGAAGGCGGCAGACAGAGCAGGAGGAACAGGCCACAAGACGGCAGGCAGAAGAGGAAGAACUGGCAAGAAGACGUCAAGAGCAGGAGCAAGAAGCCAGAAGGCAGCAGGCAGAGGAGGAGGAACAGGCCAGACAACGUCAAGAGGAAGAGCAAGCAGCCAGCAGCCAACACGUAGACUUUGAGGGACAGGCGCGCAGACGGCCUGAGGAAGAGCAAGAAUCCCGAAGACGACAGGCAGAGGAGGAACAGGCAAGAAGACGUCAGGAGGAAGAGAAGGAGGAGGAACAGGCCAGAAAGCGUCAAGAGGAAGAGCAAGCAGUGAGAAGGCGGCAGGCUGAGGAGGAGGAACAGGCAAGAAGACGUCAAGAGGAAGAGCAAGAAGCCAGAAGGCGGCAGGCAGAGGAGGAGGAACAGGCAAGAAGACGUCAAGAGCAAGAGCAAGAAGCCAGAAGGCGGCAGGCAGAGGAGGAGGAACAGGCAAGAAGACGUCAAGAGCAAUCGCAGGGAGUCAGAAGACGGCAGGCAGAGGAGGAGGAGCAGGCAAGAAGACGUCAAGAGGAAGAGCAAGAAGUGAGAAGGCGGCAGGUUGAGGAGUUCGAGCAAGUUAAGAGUAUUUAUACCGACCAAGUUUCCCAUCCGGGAAGCUGGCACCAGCCCUGGCCUGCAGAGCCGCAGGUGAGGAGCUUUUCCAGAGAAGACGUGCGAUUGUCGGAGGAUGACCUCUCCGAGAUCCGCUUGCCCCAGGCUGUCGCCUUGCAGGGCCUUGCCGGGCGGCAGCCUUUGGCACGGCCGUAUUCGCUGGGGAAGAACGGGGAGGAAGACGAGUCUGGCAGCAGAUGCAGCAGCCUCGAGGCGCCGAAAGGCGACGCCGCCGGGCGCGAUGAAGAGCGGCAGGCCGAGGAAGCGGAUGGGGAGGAGGAGCGCGAGGAAGAGCGCCGGAGCGGCGAGGAGGCCAGACGAAUGGCUCUGCAGCAGGAAAGGGCCAAAGAAAGGAGUUCUUCAGAGGAGAGGGUCCGUAGUCGCAGGUCCUCGGACCGCUCCCGGCGCCACUCGGGCGAGAGGGCCUUCCUGCUGGAGAACGAGCGGAAGGAGUCGAAGGAGUCGAAGGAGUCCAAGGAGUCCAAGGAGUCCAAGGAGUCGAAGGAGUCGAAGGAGUCGAAGGAGUCGAAGUCCAAGGAGAAGGAGUCGAAGGAGUCGAAGAUCAAGGAUGCCUUGGAGCUGCAGCGGUGGGCCGAGGACUUGCGCAGGUGGGCGGCCACGGAGGACGCCAAGGAGCUGGAAGAAGAGCUCAUCCCCGACUGGGAGAUGGUGUCCAAAGCUCCGAAGCGGAAGGGCGGAGAAGACUUCGGAGACAGGAGUGCUUUCGCUUGGAAGUUUGCGCAGGAGCCCUGGCAGGCCUUUUCUCAGCCGGAAGCCUGGAACCCGCGUCCUGACUCCGAUGCGGAGGCGGCGCUGCGGCAUCAGGCGGCCACAAGCUUCGUGGAUGCCUUGAAGGCGUCCAAGGAAAGCAGAGAUGCGCCGGUCUGGGAGUCGGCGCGUCCCGCUUGCGUCUUCCAGCCACAGCUCGCCUCCCCGGCCCGGCCGGCGGCGGCGCCGGCGGCCGCACAGCCGGCGCCGGCGCUCUGCCAGCCGCACGCGGCGGCCGCCGGGCCGUCCGGACGCCUGGCGCGGCCGCUGACGGAAGCGGAUCGCGCUGGGCUGGAGCGGGCGACCCGCAAAGCUUUGGAAGAUGCGCAGUUCUGGGACCUGCCGGUGGAGCAGGCGUUGCGGGAGUUGAGAACUCGCGCUCGCUCCUCGCAGGACCGCGCCAACGUGGAGGAGGCCUUCAAGCAGCGGCAAGCGCAGCGGAAGAAGCAGAAAAGUCCACUUCGCGAUCCGCGACCGGCCCGUCUGGCCCCUUCGCCAGCGCGUCCGGCGGCGCGACCGGCCCAGGCGUCCAUCCAGAUCCAGACAGAAGUGGGAGAUCCGGAGGCCUUCUCCACUCAGUUCCUCAAGGCCGCUGCCGAGGCUGCAGGGGUGGAUGCCCACCGCAUUCGCAUCAAGGCCAUCCGCCCCCAGCCGCAGCCGCAGCCGGCGAGGGCUGCCGGCGCUGCGGGCGCUGCGGGCGGGAUGGCGGGAUGGCGUGAGCCGGUGAGGCUUGCGAUGCUGCGGCCAGGAGUGUGAGGUCGCCCAAAGUUAAAUGGCGACUGUAACAUUUGUGAACCCUUUGUGCAUACCCAAGCCCGACUGGGCAGGACAUUCCUGGCACAGGCUACUGCUGUUGGACA